AUGGUGGUACCGCAGGGCUUUACAGCUGUCGCAAUUUCCCCGCUUCCCACCACCAUCCCCCCCAGCACCAGCACCGCCACGACGUGCAGGAAACAAGGGGUCGGCAUUUUCCCACCCGUACAGAAGGCCGUUGAGCCGCGGCUGUCCGUGUCCUCGCGGCCCGGCUGGAGACAGCUGAAACCCCAGCAGCCGAAGGGAACAGCUUCCAAGGAGCUGACAGCCUUGAAGACAGAGAAUGCCCAUGCCACCCCAUGGCCUGGAGACGGGAAGGAGAAAGCCAUAUGGCUGGAGGAGCAGAGGACGGAGAUUGCAAAAAUCCUUCAAGGACACGAGGAGGAAAAGGAGAGGCUGAGACAGGUCCACCAGGCAGAGACCCAGAGACUUGCCCAAGACGUUAAAAUCCAGGUGGAAAAGGGGAAAGACUUGGAGCUGAAGGAGCAACUCUCUGAGCUGUUCAAUGCCUUGAAGAGAGAGCACGAAGGGACCCUGCAAGAGCUCCGGAGAGCACACGACCAGGAGAAGUUGCUGCUGACAGAGUCCCACCAAAGGUCCCAGGAGGCCUUACAGGAGACAAUAGAUGCCUUGAAUUCCCAGCUGAAGUCCUUCCAGGAGAAGAUGAAGCGGGUGGAGGAGUCGCUCUUGAGCAGAGACUACAAGAAACACAUCGAGGUGCAGGGAAACACGGGACUGGGCACCCCUUCGGGUUUGGUGUUAGCAGGGUCUCUCACCUCCAUCAGUUUGGCCCGAACCGCUGGUCCCUUGGAGCAGGAGCGUGGUGGGGCUACGGGCUCAGGGCACAGCCCCAGCGCCCCCAGCGAGCUGGUGUGCAUCGCUACGGGGAGCUGGGGGCGCACGGAGCCGGUGACAGGCGCCCCAGGACUCCCCCUGACCCUCGCGCUCUCCUGGCCUCACCAGGUGGAGCAGAACUUGCUGCUGGAGGAGAAGGUGAAAACCCUGCAGCAGGAGAACGAGGACCUGCACGUUCGCACCCAGAACCACUUGAUCAUGACGAGGUAA